AUGGCAACGCUCUUCCCUGAGCAGACUCCCUCUGCCGCACCUCACGUCUCCCUUUCCAUCUUACGCAGUAUCGUCUUGUCUCAGCAUUCCAUCUUGUUCCUCCUUCCCUUUAUCCCAUGCAUCCGCUCGAUUGCUCAUCCGUCUGCUUCGGCAGUCGCACUGAACCCGUCGGGAGAAACCGGUGCAUCGGGGGACGACAAGGCGCUUGUUCACGUUCCCGCAGACAACGCUGUCUCCUUCGCGGAAUUCGAAGUCACGCAGCCGCCGACAGAUAAUUCGUGGUUGUGUCGGUUCACGUACGUAGGAGGCCCCUGCGCCGAUCGAUCCUUCGACGGUAUCGGGCCGUGGCGGUUCUGCCCCUCGGGGAGUUGCUGCAGCAAAACGAUGUGCGCACAUGGCUCCUGCGGAGGCGCUUGGUGCGCGACGUGGAACAGCGGCAACUGCGUUUUCUACCAUGAUGACUACGCUAACGGGAGAUGUUCCUGUGACAAGCGCGGCACGGAGUGUUCGAAAAACGGCAGCUGUAAGGAGAUCCAAGCUGGCGAAGGUGGCGUCUUCUGCUACUGCAACCCCGGAUACAUCGGCGACGGAAGAACUUGCGAGAGCGAUCCAUGCUACUCGUCUCCGUGUUCACCUGGAACGUGUUCCCGCAUGGGCUCCUCUUACGUCUGUAGCUGUCCAGCGGGCUAUACCCAGGACACUUCUCGGGGGUAUGCGCGAUGCGUGGAGAAAGCGGACAGUUGCCGUGCCGCGCCGUGUGGUUCGGACGCGAUCGUCGACGACUGCGUCAGUUUCGACAGCGGCGCGUAUGAGUGCAUCUGCAAGGACGGGUACGUCUCCAAUGGAACAAAGUGCGAAAAGCAGGAUUGGUGCAAGAACAACCCGUGCGGAGACGCCAAUGCUGUCUACGACUGCAUCUCCAACGAUCUAGAUUACACCUGCAAUUGCCAGAAAGGAUACGUCCAAGUGGUUACCGACGAAGGCGACAAAAAAUGCGCGAAAAACCCGUGUUCGUAUGACCCCUGUGGUGCUGCGGAGCUGGUAAAACAAUGCGUCAAUAAAUCGGAUGGCACAUACGCAUGCGUCUGCUCAGACAUCGCAGAGGUUGGCGUGGAUGAAGACACCAGCCAAAUCAAAUGCCUCCGGAAAGACCCCUGCCUGAAAGAUCCGUGCGGGCCUUCGAAUGCUGUGAGACAGUGCUUCGUGGACGGAAAUACGUAUGGAUGCGUUUGCGCCUCCGGCUAUUCGGUGGUGCCGGAUUCGACGGGGGCAAAAAAGUGCGUUUUCGGAGAUCCGUGUCAACUUGGCAAGUGUGGCGUCGACGAGGCAGUCGAAAAUUGCUCGACGAACGGCCAAGCCUACACUUGUGAGUGCUCAGCAGAAGCCAUCCUCUCCAGGAGUUCGAGCGGGGAGGACACUUGCGUUUUGAAGUCGGAAUGCGAGGAAAACUGCGGAGCGAUUGAAGGGGUGACUCGCUGCGAGAAAGUGUCGGACGGGAAAUGGGACUGUCAAUGCAAGGCCGGCUAUCUGCUUAAAUACGUGAAAGGCACGCGAAUGUGCCACAAAGCCGACGCCUGCUCGGUGAAUCCCUGCGGGAGUUCGGACGCCGUCUCCGAGUGCCAGGUGAAUUCCUCUGGAGACGGGUAUACGUGUAUUUGCAACUCGGGCUAUGAACUGCGGACCCAGUCGGACAAUACCCAGCUCUGUGCCCUACCCAACAGCUGCAUCGGAGACCCCUGUGGGAAACCUGAAGCUGUCUCCCUGUGCGUCCCUACCAAGGACAGUUAUACGUGCACUUGCAACCCGGAGUAUUCUCUUCAGACAGUCUACGGGAAACUGCGGUGCGUCCGUGCAACGAGUGACGACGACCUCGACAGCGACAGCGACACGUCCAGUGACGCGACCGAAGGAGACGAAGGGGUGUCCACUGUCAUGAUCGCUGGAUGCGUUGUUGGGAGCAUUCUCCUCUUAGGCGUCCUCGCGUACGCGGGGAGAUCCAGAUCCGACGAGGAGGAGGAACCGCGGCCGCCUCCUGGCGGACCCUACAUGGGACCGCAGAUGUAUGGGCAGCAGCAGCAGCCUAUGAUGAAUCCCGGGAUGCCGCAGGGAGGUGUUCGUCAAAGCUUGGCAACACGGCAGUCGUAUGCCAUGGACACGCGGCCCUCGUUCUGGGGUUAA